CACACGUAAUAACAGGCGACGACAGCGCCUGCGUGGUAAAGGAGGUGUUCAGAGUACAGUGGUUAUAACUGAGGGAGGGUGCAGAAGGGUCGCGUGUUUAGCCAGAGUGCCUCGAGCUUCCGUGCCGUCCAGUGUGCCAGGGGGAGAGGGCGCCUCCAGCCCGAGAGCAACCCUCCAGUCUGGAAGCCAAUCAAGCCGAUCGUCGAAAGGAACAGCCGACAUGAAAACCUUUUGCCAGUCCAUCCUCAUUUUUUGUGCGGGUGCUGCGGCCUCCAGCCUGCUGCCUGAAGACUACCAAAACACUCAGGAGCCCUCACCAGCAGACGGAGGACCUAUCGUGGUCGAGAUCAGCUGGAACAUCAAGGGAAUCUAUGAGGUCGACUUCCGGGAAAUGUCCGUGCUGCUGGCCAUGUACUUCAGAAUGCAGUGGCGGGAGCCCCGCCUGAGGAGCCCUGAAGCCAGGGGCGCCGCUGCCAUCCCCCUUCACUCGCAGCUCCUGAAGAACCUCUGGCUGCCCGACCUGUACAUCCACGAGGCGAGGGACAUCACCUCCUUCAGGAUGGUGGAGAAGGUGGAGGGCCUGUACCUGACGCCGCCCGACACGAUCUUGUAUUCAACCCUACUGCAGACGAAGCUGGCGUGCCCGAUGUUCUUCGCAAAGUACCCGUUCGACGUGCAAGUGUGUACGAUGACCGUCUCUUCAU